AUGGAUGAAGAGUACGACGUCAUCGUUUUGGGAACCGGUCUCAAGGAAUGCAUUCUCAAUGGUCUUCUCUCUGUCGAUGGCCUCAAGCUUUGGAAGAAAUUCAGAGGAGAUGAUACGCCUCCUCCACAUUUGGGUUCUAGCAAAGACUAUAAUAUUGACAUGAACCCUAAGUUCAUUGUGGCUAAUGGCAUGUUAGUGAGGGUUCUCAUUCAUACUGAUGUUACCAAGUAUCUCUAUUUUAAAGCUGUGGAUGGAAGUUUUGUCUUUAACAAAGCAAAGGUUCACAAAGUACCUUCAAAUGAUAUGGAGGCCUUGAAAUCUCCACUUAUGGGGAUAUUUGAAAAAACGACGUGCGCGCAAGUUUUUCAUUUAUGUUCAAGAUUAUAA